AGAUACCUCUUUCUUCCUGCGCUCUUCUUGAACCAGGGUAGAACUUCUGCAGACUGUAGGGUCAAUGGCUGAUCACCAUCAUGAUCAUGACCACCACAAUCAAGGCCAUGAACAUCACCACCAUCAUGAUCAUGAACAUGAUCAUAGCCAUGGGACUUCAGGAACAAAUUCAUGGGUAGCCCCAGAUGGGAAGGUGUACCAUAGCCAUGAUGGGCUGGCGCCACACUCGCAUGAACCCAUAUACUCCCCUGGCUACUUCAGCAGAAGAGCUCAACCUCUUCUCACCAGGAAUUUCAGUGAAAGGGCUUUUACUAUUGGCAUUGGUGGACCAGUCGGUACUGGGAAAACCGCUUUGAUGCUGGCUCUGUGUAAGCUUUUGCGUGACAAGUACAGUCUUGCUGCUGUGACAAAUGAUAUAUUCACAAAAGAGGAUGGUGAGUUCUUGGUGAAACACGGGGCACUUCCUGAAGAAAGAAUACGUGCUGUUGAAACUGGGGGAUGCCCCCACGCUGCAAUUCGUGAAGACAUCAGCAUUAAUCUAGGCCCCCUCGAGGAGCUUUCUAACUUGUACAAGACAGACAUACUGCUUUGUGAAUCAGGCGGAGAUAAUUUAGCUGCGAACUUCAGUCGGGAACUGGCUGACUAUAUCAUUUACAUAAUAGAUGUAUCUGGUGGUGAUAAAAUUCCACGAAAAGGUGGUCCUGGAAUCACCCAAGCUGACCUCCUAGUGAUCAACAAGACGGACCUUGCACCAGCAGUUGGAGCUGAUUUGGCUGUAAUGGAACGUGAUGCACUUCGAAUGCGAGACGGAGGGCCAUUUGUCUUUGCUCAGGUGAAGCAUGGUCAUGGAGUAGAGGAAAUCGUGAACCACAUAUUACAGGCUUGGGAACUAGCAACAGGAAAGAAGCGCCACUGAUCCAUUUGUGCUGAAUUUGGUUUCAGUAUCUUGUUUCAAAUCUUUGUCUCUCUACAUUUAGGAAUAAAUGUGACUUCAAUUCAGUGUCGUGUCUUUUUUCCUCAACGUAUGUAGAUGUUUGACACUAGAUUCCACUGUUUAGUGUCUCACUGUUGGAACUUUGUGGCAUUCACGCUUCAGUCCAGUUAUAAAUGGAACAAGAAAUGCUCCCUUGCUACCAUGUGUAUCGGUUGUAUGCCUUAAAACCUUUACUUUAUUGAGCAAAAUAAAUUUCACCAUUGACUUGAAGCUA